GAGCCUGAUGCUAACAUCUAUAUGAAUUUUAUGAAAGCCCAUCAGUGCUACGAUGCAAUACCAACCAGUUCCAAGCUCGUCGUGUUUGAUACAACUUUGCAGGUGAAGAAAGCAUUCUUGGCGAUGGUCGCAAAUGGAGUUAGGGCAGCCCCGCUCUGGAACAGCAAGGAACAGUGCUUCGUCGGUAUGCUGACAAUUACUGACUUCAUCAACAUCUUACACAGAUAUUACACCUCCCCAAUGGUGCAGAUUUAUGAACUGGAGAAACAUAGGAUUGAGACUUGGAGAGAGAUUUAUUUGCAAGAUUCCUUUAAGAAACUGGUCAGUAUCUCCCCAAAUGACAGCCUAUUUGAUGCAGUUUACUCUCUGAUUCAGAAUAAAAUUCAUCGACUGCCAGUGAUCGACCCCAUAUCUGGGAACGUUCUCUACGUCCUGACACAUAAACGCAUCCUGAAGUACUUCCACCUCUUUGCCUCAAAGCUGCCCAAGCCAAGCUUUAUGAAGAAGACGCUAGAGGAGCUUGCGAUUGGGACCUACAAAGAUGUAGCCGUGAUAGAGGAGACGUCAUCAGUUUAUGAAGCACUUGGGAUCUUUGUGGCAAGAAGGGUGUCUGCUUUGCCGGUGGUGAACAAGUUGGGUAAAGUUGUGAAUCUCUACUCACGAUUUGAUGCUAUAAAUCUCGCUGCACAGAAAGCUUACAAUAACCUGGAUGUCAGUGUGAGGGAGUCACUACAACAGCGAUGGCAUUGUUUUGAAAGUGUCCUCAAAUGUUACGCACACGAGACAUUGGAAGUCAUUAUUGAGCGCCUUGUCAAACAUGAGGUUCAUCGAUUAGUAUUGGUAAAUGAGGAGGAUGUUGUGCAAGGGAUUGUCUCACUGUCUGAUAUGCUCCAAGCACUGGUCCUGUCUCCAGCAGGUGUUAAUGCAAGCUUCCUCUGCCAUACCUGAAGGUCAAAGGGCUGCCACAUGGGGAAAGAAUGGAUCCUGAGUUUCUGGGAUGUAAGUGGAUCUCAGAGAAGAAGAAUGUAUAUGGAUAAAGUGACCAGCAGGUUGGCUGAAUGUCUUACUUGCCGACUCUGAUUUCAAAUCCUCAGUGGGACGGACAUUCUGCAGAAACAUCAUCAAUGGAUUUAAUUCCUUAUUUAUAGCUUACAGAUUAAUGCUUUGUUCCGAUCUGUGCUGUUUUCGUAACUCGGGCUUUAACGACUUUGAUUGAAGAAAACGAAGGUGAAAUAAUGGUGUACACAGGAAGUCAGAACCUUUGGAAGCAGAAUGCAGUUUGUGAAAUGUGUUUAACUCUUGAAUGGCAUGUUUGAGUCAGGUGCUGUAGCAUUGUCAUGCUGCCAGGGACUACGACACACCACCUGCUCAAGGGGGCUGUGUCAUUGCUGUCAUGCACUAGAGGGUGUGGAGCAGCCAGUGUUGGACUGGGAUGGACAAAGUUAAAAAUCACACAAC